GCGUGAAAUAACCAUAUGAUGAUUGAUUGAAAACGCAAUUCUUCACCGCUCCGGCGCCGAAUACAUUCCUGAAGCGGUUUCUCCAGAGGGAGAUUGCUCUUACUUUCUCUCUCAGGCCCUGUGAAAUUACUUUCAUUUUCGUGGGCUCGGUGUUUAUGAUAGCAGCAUUGUUUCUAAUCGGAUCUAUUUAGCUUGGUUUCUCCAAUUCAUUGCAUGCAUGGGGAACCCACUGGCCUGACCAAUCCAAGUGUAGGGCCCAGUGUGAAGCCCUUCCUGCCAGUGUUUCUCCAUUCCGAGGUCUCGAAGCCGAGACCUCUAGUUAAGGGUGGAGUGAUCCCAUCCAUCCCACACCCCUUGGUGGUUUGAGAGCAGUGGUUGUCUGGGAUCCGACAGUAAAACCAAAUUAACUUCCUCAGUUCAUGAGCCAUUGAAUGGGCAGGAAUAUCUAGAUCAGGUAGUUCAUAAAGCUAAACUAUCAAAGGAUUUUUGGACAACCAGCAUGUGUGACAUGGAGAGCAACAGUGCCGCUCAGUCACGAGGAAGCAUCUCGUCAAUUAGUACAUCUACCCAGACACAUGAUGCUCAUGGCGCUGCAAAUACGAAUGAACAUUCCGAAUUUGUUAAUCAUGGAGUCCUCCUCUGGAGCCAAAUCAGACAGCAAUGGGUUGGACAUAAAAUUCCCGAGAAACCAAAACAGCUGCUUGAACCCAAAUUAAGUUGGAAUGCUACCUAUGAUAGUCUGCUGGGAAGCAACAAGCCAUUUCCCAAACCUAUUCCACUUGCUGAAAUGGUAGAUUUUCUUGUGGAUGUUUGGGAGCAGGAAGGAAUGUAUGAUUGAGAUGUUGCAAGGCUGUGGAAAAAUCGUCAAAGGAGUAGGGCUUGUUAGGUUCGUGACGGAGAGCUUAGUAGGUGUGGCGUGUUUUGUAAAUGACAUGUAAUCUACUUCGGCGUACAUUUAAACGAACUCUUGUGCUGGGAAAGUUGUUCACAUUUAUAAAAAUUGAUACUCUUCUAGUUUUGGCAGCGGAUGUUUAUUUCUUAUGCUCUAUUAAUCGAUUAAGGGAAAAAAAGAAGAGAAUUUCCACA